CUCUCUCCUCGUCCCAAAUUUCUCGCUAAUCUCUCUCCAUUAAUACUAUAUUCAAAGAGGAUUUGCAGUCUUUCUCUGUUGUUCUCUUUGGCGUGUGUGAUUAUCACCAGCGGAGAACGAAAGAAACUCAGAGUCUUUCACGUUUUUCAAUCAGGCACUUUUGAUCGAAACAAUCUAGGGUUUCGACUCUCCGUUUCUAACCAGGUCUGUUACUUAUUGUAUUCUUACCUCUCCCAGGCGAUUCUUUCGAAUGAUUACUUCUUUUCAGUCGACGAUGCUUCUUUUUAACUCUCAAUCUGUUUGUAUCUGAGUUUUUUUUGAAUACCCAUAUCUUGGAAUGGAUUGGAUUUGGUUAAAUCGGUGCUAGACUGCUUUUUUACUGUAUAAAUGUGAGUGGGUGGUUACGAUUUCUACAUCUGCUUUGUGGGUUUAUGACUAGAUGCUCGCAGUCUGUUCAAUGGAGAUUUUGAUUUUGAUUUUGGUCGCUUUAGUUUCCCAGAACUAGGGUUUCCCCUAUUUUUCUACUGUGUAAAAAAGUGAGACAAAUGGAGAUGGUUGAAGAAGCCAACAGGGCUGCUGUAGAAUGUAGCCAUAGACUGUUUAGCAUGUUGUCUCAAAACCAGGAUCAGAUGAAUCUAGCUGCAGAGACGGGUGAAGUUGUGUCUAGGUUCAAGAAAGUUGUAUCUCUUCUUAAUACUGGUUUAGGUCAUGCUCGAGUGAGAAGACCUAGAAGAACUCCAUCAGCAUUUCCCAAAAACGUUCUUUUGGAAUCCCCAAACAAUCUCAGUAUCGAGGAUCAUUCGAAGUCUAUUCAGUUUCUCCCUGCUAAUAACGUUAAAACGUCUCUAACACUUGCGAUCCCGUCUUUGGAGAUUGAGAAGAACUCGAUUGAAUUGGCUCGUCCCACUCCGAAAACAAGCUACAGCGGUCUAAUCCAUCAACAGCUUAAGAAUCGGGCAACUGACAUGAUAUAUCAGAGAAGCAAUAGUGGUGGAUUGAGUCUGAAUUUCGAUAGCUCUAUCUGCACACCUACUAUGUCAUCUACAAGGUCUUUUAUCUCUUCGUUGAGUAUUGAUGGAAGUGUUGCGAAUUUGGGUGGGAAUUCUUUCCAUCUAAUUGGUGCGGCUGGAUCUUCUGAUCAGAAUUCGAAUCAGCUUCAUAAACGAAAGUGCUCAGCUGGAAAGGGUGAUGACGGGAGUGUGAAAUGUGGUGGAACUGGAAGUAGAUGCCAUUGCUCAAAGAAAAGGAAACAUAGGAUCAAGAGAUCAAUUAAGGUUCCUGCUAUUAGUAACAAGCUUGCGGAUAUCCCUCCUGAUGAUUAUUCAUGGAGGAAGUAUGGGCAGAAACCCAUUAAGGGUUCUCCACACCCUAGGGGAUACUAUAAAUGUAGUAGCAUGAGAGGAUGUCCUGCGAGGAAACAUGUUGAAAGGUGUUUGGAAGAACCGACUAUGCUCAUUGUAACGUACGAAGGAGAACAUAACCACCCAAGAUUACCUUCCCAAUCGGUUAACGUAUGAAGAAGAAAUGUUAUUACAGAAUCGCAUGAAACAAGAUUUGCAUUUCCUUUUGUUGUUGUCUUUUAGGAUCAUCAAUCAUCCUGUCAUUGUGGUUAAGAACACUUAAUUUUCCAGUCAUCUCUAUCUCUCUUCCAUGUUCUGCAACUGAUCAGUCAAAAACUAUAUAUAUUCAUGAUAAUGGUUGAAGAGCUAUUUGAAAUGGGGAUCAA